AUUAAGCAAGAUGGCGCUGGGCGACAGAGAAAAGUGAUGAGAGAAUAGAACAACAAGCGAUACAACUAAAUAACAGUGAGCAUUUAUUUACCCUGUGCGACUGUUUUAAAACCGGACCGCUAUCUUAUCACCUGGAAGCUGCCAGGCACCUACGGAGAGGCCGCACCGGGCUACGGAGAUAUAAUUAAUCAGCCAACUGUUUGCUAACUAGCGGCUAAAGUAGCUAGCAUAGCUAACGUUCGCUAACUGCGGAAGGCGAGUGAGGAGAAGGCUGGCAGGCGGCUCGAAGUAACGUUACAAACCGACAAGUCGAGCAGCUGAUUUAAAAACAAGCAACCUGUCCGUGUGAUACAUCAACUACCAGUACAGAGUUUGUGGCACGGACCGGGUCAUCCUAACCAGGGGUCGGCGAGGAAACACCUCUGAUAAGGAAGGCAGAAAAAGACGAGAGGCGUCAUCUUUGCUGAUCUGACGCCAUGGCUCAUUCCCCUAUUCAGAGCGGACUGCCGGGGAUCCAGAACUUCAGAGCUGAUCCAGAGGAGUAUUUUACCAAGCUGGACAGAAUAGGCAAAGGCUCUUUUGGUGAAGUUUUUAAAGGCAUCGACUGUCGGACUCAGAAAGUUGUGGCCAUUAAAAUUAUUGAUCUGGAAGAAGCGGAGGAUGAAAUAGAGGACAUUCAACAGGAGAUCACAGUCCUCAGCCAGUGUGACAGUCCCUUCAUCACCAAGUAUUAUGGAUCAUACCUAAAGGGUACAAAACUAUGGAUUAUUAUGGAAUAUCUGGGUGGAGGAUCAGCCCUGGAUUUGUUGGAACCAGGCUCCCUGGAUGAAACGCAGAUUGCCACAAUUCUGAGAGAGAUCCUAAAAGGGCUGGAGUAUCUGCACUCUGAGAAGAAAAUCCACAGAGAUAUCAAAGCUGCCAACGUGCUGCUGUCAGAACAAGGCGACGUGAAGCUGGCAGACUUCGGAGUGGCAGGCCAGCUGACGGACACUCAGAUAAAAAGGAACACGUUUGUUGGUACUCCUUUCUGGAUGGCACCUGAAGUCAUAAAGCAAUCAGCCUACGAUUCAAAGGCAGACAUCUGGUCAUUAGGAAUAACAGCAAUAGAACUGGCUAAAGGAGAGCCGCCGCACUCUGAGCUUCAUCCCAUGAAGGUCUUAUUCCUCAUCCCAAAGAACAAUCCACCAACACUGGAAGGAAACUACAGCAAACCACUUAAAGAAUUUGUUGAAGCCUGUUUAAAUAAGGAGCCCAGCUUUAGGCCAACUGCCAAAGAGCUGUUAAAACAUAAGUAUAUUGUAAGGCAUGCCAAAAAGACGUCCUAUCUGACAGAGCUGAUUGACAGAUACAAGAAGUGGAAGUUACAGCAGUCUCGGGAUGGAUCCAGCUCGGAUGAAUCUGAUGAGGAGCCAAACGGCCAGGCUUCUGGUGGAGAUGACGCUGCCAAUGAUGACUGGAUCUUCAACACCAUCAGAGAGAAGGACCUGAAAAACUUUCAGAACGGGGCAGCACAGCCUGCUGAGCUCGAAAGGACACAGGUGCAGGAGAGUCCAAAGAGGCCUUUGUCACAAAGCUUAUCAACAAUCUUUUCUCCAUUGUUUUCUGAGCUGAAAGAAAAGGGUGAGACGAGUAAUGGCAAGCCGGAGGCUGCAGAGGAGCUGCGGGAGGCCAUUUUCCUGGCAGAGGAAACACACCCAGGGAUCUGUGACUCCCUGGUAGCUGAACUAGUGCAGAGACUUCAGAGGUUUUCUGUGCCACAGGCAGCUGCCAGUCACUGAGAGGAGCUACAUCCAGCUCUGCUCUAAUUUUCCACCCUGGUGGCAGCAGUCAGAUCUUUUCCUCUGACCUCCACAGCCGGGAUGAAGUCUCCCAGGAAGGUCUCCAUCACUCAUUUGCCUGAAGCAAAUCCUGGCCUACUUAAUGUCUGUUUAUACGCUAGAACACCACCAGAGGGUCCUAUUUAGGACAGUCAGUGGCCAGCCACUCAGCUGCCACCAUGACUGCCACCUGCUGUAAGAUGUCCCUUCUCAAUACCUCCUUCACAACUGUUUUUUAUUUUAAUGGUGGAGUCAGCUAUCUUCUUUCUUCAAGGACUCUUUGAGUUAUUGGUUUUGGUGAGUUUGUGGCUUUUUCACAAAGGUUUACACUCAGCAUCCUUUUUUGGAGAAAGUACCUUGCUUAAUAAAUUGUGUGCAUGUGCGUGUGGCUGUGCGAGAUAUCCUGUGAAAUGUGCAGUGAAGAAGAGUGACGAGUGGGUUGAAGCAUUUUAUUGAAAACUCAGGUAUCCUGCUUUAAGUGGAUUGGGUCCUCUGGGAGACGGAGAGAGCUCUUUAGGGUGGUUGUACAGCCUUGUAAAUAAGCUAAUUUCUACAGAUUCAUGAAAAAAUAAUGGAGCGUUUGUAAUGGAACCACUGUGUACAAAUGGCCAAAUGCAAACUGUAGAUAAUGGUUGUGAGGUAAAUAUUUUGAGAGACUAAAAUGGCCAUACAUGAGAUUGCCUUGCCUUUCUACUUGUUCUUUUGUAUAUCAGUCUUUGAUUUCUCCAGUUGUAAAACUUUUUAAGUACUCAUCCAGUGAAUGAAAAUGGCUGCCCUCUAUCAUGUUUUACUAGUGAUUUAUUAUAUAUUUCUUAAUGCUCUUUAAAGUUUUGGUUUCAUUCUCUAUGCUGCGGCUGUAAUAUUGUCGGAGAAUGUAAAAAACAAAAGGCUGGAUCGAUGAAGCCCCCGCCAGUUUUUAACACUGGAUGCUCUGUUGCCAGCCCCGAUUCCACAAGGCCUCGAGAUGUGUUGGUUUGUUGGACUUUGCCUCAUCCUUUCUUUUCUUUUCUUUUUUUUUUGCUGUGUGUUUUUGACUCGUUAGAUAAACUGAGGUUUCGUCCAUUCAUUCCAUUAACAGGGCAGUGCCAUCAUCUAGUUUAUAAAAUCAGCAGACUCUGUUAGUCUUCCUAGGAGCUGCAGUGGUACUAUCUAUCUCCUCAGCGUACCUACAGCUUUAAUUGCACUUCAAGUAUAAAUGCCUUUUGACUAUAAACAAAGUAGCCAUAAAACAGUAGCACGAGACUUACAGUAUUUUGCAGGUAUGCUAUCUGGGACAAAAAGAAAAGUCCGCCUGAAGUCUCACAGCUUGGACUCUGGAGUUGGUCAUGCAGUGUAUUAUUUGCCUGGCUGUAUCUUUCCAUUCGGACUUGUGAGAGGUUUUUUCAGUUGUACAGUAAAUGCAUAUAGACAAAGACUUCUCACAUAGUAGAUAACACUGCUCUCAGAUGUACAUAUUAACAUAAAGCUAGGAGGUGUUCAGAGACCAGUGGCACUGCUACUACUUCUGACUGUAGUUUUAAAAGGAAUGUGCAUGACAGUAUAACAGUAUGAGCCUGUUGGUUGGCCUGAGCGGUAUGCGUUGUAGCACACUGCUGCAGGACUGGAGGAAUGUUGAGUCCUGAACAGAGUUGAAUCAGCCUUAGAGUAUUUGUGAUGAAUGGGAUGAAUAGUAUCAGCUUUAAAAUGUUAGAUCCAAUGCUUUUGUUGUGAUUUCUUCUUCUUUCCCCCCUCUGGCAUUAAAAUGCAUAUGCAGCAAUACUUUUAAAAGACAAAUGAUAAAAGAUCAAAGAUAUUUCUUUCAUUCCUUGCCAGUAUGAUGCAUGCAUGAACAAAUGGACUCAUUUUUCUUCUCAGAUGAGAGGGAUUUUCAUCAUUCUUACAGAGUCAGAUGAUAUAAUAUAUUUGCCACGGUACACAUUAAACAAGUUAAGAGAGAGUUCAGCAUUUGGGGAACAGAUGAUUUGCUUUCUUGGGGAGAGUUGGAUCAGAAGAUCAGUCUUCUCUCAUAUUUCUCCAUUAAAUAUAUGGCUAAGCCAUAGACUGUAUAUAAAGCUGGACGACACGUCUUGUCAUCUUGUGCUGGUGACAUCAUUUGGAGCCAGAAUCUGUGCAGUAGCGAUCUCCAUUCUGUCGAGUUCCUGCCCAUACACCCAUCUGAGCAAUUGUGGACAACACCACUAAUUGCGAGCACACCGUCGAUGGGCUAAGUAAUUAGCUUAGCACAAAGACUGGAAAUGGGGGAAACAGCUAGCCUGGCUCUGUCCAGAGGUAACUAAAGUUGCCUACCAGCACCUCCAGAGUUUACUAAUAAACAUGUCGUUAGUUUAAUUUUUACGAAUAACUGAAGUGUAAAACGACAGUUAGGACCAUUUCUUGGCUUGGAACAGUAACUUCCUGAAGUGUCUGCUGGUUAUCUAGCAACAGAAAAUAAAUGCCAGUUGCGUUGCUAGCUGAACAAUAAUUUAAUUUCCUGUGAAGACGAGCUGUAUCCAUCAUCUUGUAUAACUCUCUUCAAGAAAGCGAAUUUCCCAUAAUGUCAAACUUUUCUUUUAGCCCAUUUAAACAGAACAUUUCCUCCUAAUUUUUUCUUUAAAGACACUAUUGUUUUCCCUUCUGCUUGGCAGUCGGAAGACACAGUUCAAUGGGUAAAAUUCAAUAUUCUGUUUAAAUGAGUAGAAAUUUGUUUACCAAAUCAAGUAAAGGUACAAGGCUCAAUGAUUUCCAUUUGCACAGUUUUCCUUUGUGUUCUUUCUGCUCUUCUGUGAAAAAUGACUCUCCAUUUAAACUUCUCAUGUGAAAUGUGCCAUGUAAGCCCUCCAUCCCAAAAUCUCAAACAGACAAAUUCAAUACAGUUUGCACCUUCUACAUGGUCUUUUAUGACUCUUUACCUUUUUAUGUGUUGCACUCUGCAGAUUCUUUUUAAAAUGGUACUUAAAGGGACAGUUUAUCCCCAAAUUAAAAAUGUAUGGGUUUUUUUUGGUUUGUUGUUUUUUACCAGAGGGUUGUACUAUGAAGCAAGUUCAACAGAGCCAGGCUCUCUUUGCCUGAGCUGUCUUAACAAACCCUAAAGCCUCAUUGAAUUUUAUCUAUGAUAAAUACAAAUAGACUAAUCUAUAAACUGCAGUGUAAAAGAGACUUCAGGAAAUCAGGACCAGUCAUAAAAACUUCGUCGAAAGUGGUUUCAUGAAAUGACACUGCUUGUCAUAUAUAAGUAAAUGUCAUCCUAAGAAAUAAUAUAGUGAACUAUUAAUGUAUGCUACCUGUGAUUUUGUAUUUGCGACACAUACAAUAAGCUCCACUGUAGUUGCACAGCUUUGUUGGGUGGCAUUUGUAACAUUUAACUCAACAAGUUGGUUAAAGUGCAUUUGUAAUGUGUUCAUUUAGCUGAGAAUCUGCAUUGCUCGUUAGGGCCUGGCCGAUACGGACUUUUUGGGGCAGAUGCCGAUUCCAAUAUUAUGGAAUAAAAAAAUCCGAUAACCGAUAUAUCGGCCGAUUAAAUUUUUAUGUUUUUCAAUUUAAAAACCCCCGAAAUACCUGCUUUUGAUGGCUUAAAUAUAGUUUAAACGCUGGUUACAAAGAUAUAAAUUGAAGGAGAUAUAAAUAUAAGUGUUAACAUCUAUGGCUAUAUAUGGCUAUAAUCGGCCGAUUAAAUCGAUGGGCCGAUAAAUCGGUCGGGCCCUAUUGCUCAUAUUGAAUAUUUACAUGUGAUGCAACUCAAAACAGUAGAGAAAGGCGCUUUUAGCUGAUUUCAAACCGAAACUCGAGAUUAGAUUUGCAGCAUAAGUUACCGUAGAAAUCUGGCCAGGUAAAAAGAAAGCCACCUUCGUAGGACGGAAAACCCUGGCUUUAGAUUCAACAUACCUCGCUAACCCACUGAUGAUAUUGCUUCAUUUGUCAGUUCAGAUUGUUUUGGUGCGAGUUGCCGAGUAUUGGAGAUAUCGGCCGUAGAGAUGUCUGCUUCCUGUCUGAUAUAAUGGAACUAGAUGGCACUUGGCUUGAGGUGCUCAAAGCGCCAUAAGGAUACAUUUGAGAAACUCAACAGGAAUGUCUUUUUACAGAAACCAUGACCUGGUUACUCAAGAUAAUCCACAGAUUUUGUGGUGAGCAGUUUUAUGUAGGAACUUUUUUCUUUCUACAGAACUACACCCACCAACUACAUCACUGUGAAGAAGGAAGCGUGCAUUGGCUCAUGAAUGAGAGUCGACAUGUAAACAUUAAUGCCGUCUUCCUCGGUUGAGCUGUAACGUUAGCUAGCUCGGUGUUGCUAGGUAAGCUAGCAGUAGAUGCACAAAUCCUUCUGCAUGGUGAUACGAUUGCCGAUUGUAGUUCAGUAGAAAGAAAAUAAUUCCGACAUGAAACUGCUCACAACAAGGUCUGUGGAUUAUCUUGAGUAACCAGGUCAUGAUUUCUGUAAAGAGACAUUGCUGUUGAUUUUUUUAAAUGCUUUUUCCCCUCUCUCACUAUCUUGAUUAAUAAAAGGCACUACAGGUAGACUAAGAGGAAAAACAUGUAUUUUGAUUUUGAGGUGAACUGUCCCUUUAAAAAAAAAAAAAAGGCUACAAUAUAAUGUCACAAUAACACCAGUUUGAUUUUCUUUUU